UCUCGAUUCUUAUUUCUUCCUCCCUACCCGCUCCGUUUUCACUGUGACCUCACAUUUCUUACUUAUUUUCAAAUUUCACUUCAUUUGUUACUUAGGUUUCCUGCUUCCUUUUUAUUUUCUCUGUUUUAGGUUACUUUAUUACUAAUAGUAUUUAUCAUUAGGUUUUUUCUAUCAAAUUUUAUGUGUUGCGAGUUUGGUAAGUUAAAGUGACUUUUUCAGGAUUUCUCUUUUUGCCGUGUUUUUCUACGCAAUGUGAUUUUUUUUUUCUUUUUGGAAAUUUGACUCUAACGUUGUCUUGUUUCGUUUUUUAAAACUUCUUACCAUGUUUUCGAUAACUAAGGAUAUUUAUUUAUUUUUUUUAAAAAAUCUCUUCUCUUAGGCUGUCCGAUUGUUUAAUUUUGGUACAGCCAGUCCCCAAGCUCUCGCAGUUAUUUUCCUUCCGAGAUGGUGCUUCCUCAAUCUUGAUGAUGGCUCAGCAGAUGAUUACUGUAGUCUUGUGAUGGCGGCUGGAAAAUCUGGAAGUUUCAAGAUGUUGGAACCUUGCAAGCCUCCACCCUCCAAGAAACCUCGCAAGGAGCGGAAUCGAGGAAAAUCACUGGGAACUACCAGUUCAACUGAGGUUAUGCAGCAAGAAAUUUGGAAAGAAUUCCCUGAAGAUCUGUUUGAAGCUGUUAUUGCUAGACUUCCAAUCACUACGUUUUUCCGCUUCCGCUCAGUUUGUCGAAAAUGGAACUCCUUCCUUGACUCUCAAAGUUUCUCUCAGCAUUGUGCCCAAGUUCCACAAUCCAACCCCUGGUUUUACACCAUCGCUCAUGAAAAUGUGAAUUCUGGAGCCAUGUAUGACCCUUCUUUGAAGAAAUGGCAUCACCCAACUAUAUCUUAUCUGCCCACAAAGACGAUAGUCUUGCCAGUUGCUUCAGCAGGAGGUCUUGUGUGCUUUCUUGAUAUCGGUCACAGGAACUUCUAUGUCUGCAACCCUCUGACUCAAUCUUUUAAAGAGCUGCCACCGAGGUCAGUGAAGGUCUGGUCCCGUGUUGCUGUGGGCAUGACUUUGAAUAGCAAUGCAGCCAGUGGGGGCUACAAGAUCUUGUGGGUGUGCUGUGAUGGAGAGCAUGAAGUUUACGACUCACUGAAGAAUUCUUGGACCCGACCAGGAAGCAUGCCCUCUUGUAUAAAGCUACCCCUAUCACUGAACUUCCGGUCACAAGCAGUUUCCCUUGGAGGUACGCUUUAUUUCAUGCGCUCAGAUCCUGAAGGGAUUGUGUCCUACAAUAUGGUUACUGGGGUUUGGAAGCAAUCUAUUAUACCAGCCCCGCACCAUCUGAGUGACCGCACACUUGCACAGUGUGAGGGGCGGAUCAUACUUGUUGGCUUGCUAACAAAGAAUGCAGCCACUUGCGUGUGCAUAUGGGAGCUGCAGAAGAUGACACUCUUGUGGAAGGAGGUUGACAGAAUGCCAAACAUAUGGUGCUUAGAUUUCUAUGGAAAGCACGUUAGGAUGACUUGCUUGGGCAACUCAGGUUUACUCAUGCUGUCAUUAAGAUCAAGACAAAUGAACAGACUAGUUACUUACAAUGUGGUGAGCAGGGAAUGGCUCAAGGUUCCUGGUUGCUUGGUGCCACGUGGGAGAAAGCGGCAAUGGAUUGCAUGCGGCACUGCCUUCAACCCAUGCUUGACUGCUACAGCUUAGCCUCUUUGUUUGUCGUGGCAGCAUUUGCAUGUUGGUGAAGGGGAAUUGGAUUUUAUUGAUGCAAGCUUUUUGUUAUUGUUUUAAUGAAGUAGAUGAUACCUGAGAGGUUUAUGAAUGACAUCUUUUCAUGUACAAACAUGUUGACAAAUAACUUCGAAUUGAAAAGACUAGCGUUUAAAAUGGAA